CGCCAAGAUCCUGUCAAUCCUUUAAUUUCGGCGCUACCCAUAUUUGGUUGCGUGACAUCUGUCGCCAUCAUGGCCUUAUCUUAAUUAUUUACUAUUAAAGUGAGAAAAACCUUCCCACUUCCCCCACGAUUCCCAAGGCGGUUCUAUCAUUAUCACCUAGCUUGCGUGAGGUAACUUCUUUCAUCAUUAUUUAUACUUUUACUCUUACACUUCAAUUGAAGCUUCUCUCUUCUUUCCUUCGCCGAGUCUCUUUCGUCAAAUUUCUCCUUGUCGGAUCUUAAAUUUUUCAUCUUCUCCAAUGACUUCUGAUUCUGAAAGACCUGAAUCUUCGUCCUUUGAAAGAGGCUCCAACAAUGACGAAUGUGCUCGCCUGGGUGAUAUCGCCGGUCCCCACUAUAUGUCUACAUGUACUCUUCAAUCUCUUAAUCAAUUGAGAGAUCUCUGUCAGAUUUUACCUGGAAUCAUGGCGGAAUCGAUGCUGCCCGGUCCUAAUGAAUCUCCGGAAAACCAUCGCGAUGGCUAUUUCUGUGUUUACGAGGUCUAUUUCAAGGGUUGCGGGCUAACAUUUCCUCUUCUUGAAGCCUUAGUCCGGUACUUCGCAGCCCUUGAGAUUGCUUUGCCUCAACUAACCCCCAAUCUCCUUCGCACCAUCCUUGGGAUUAUAACUGUGGCGGCGGAAGCCGGGUACGUUAUUGGAGUCCCCGAAUUGAACGAACUUCUUAGCGUAAGGAGUUGGUUGAAGAAGGCGGGGUAUUUCUCUGCGUACCCCAACGCUAGCAGGAACAUCAUCCCGCAUCUCCCGAACAAGGAUGAAAACUGGCACCAUCCAUGGUUCUUAAUUAAGAAAACCCCUGCUUCGAUCGGAAAUCUUUCCGAUGUACUCCCAUCGAAGUGGUCUGCGAAGCCUGCUUUCAUUGCCCCGACUAUCCCAUCUGAAGAAUUCAUCGGGUUCUUCAAAAUAGUCCUCGAAGGGGAAACCCUUUGGAAUUCUUUCACUCUCGAGCGAUUUCUAGAAGCCAACCACAAACUCAGGAUGAGUCCCCCAGGUCAACUUCACCAUCUUCCGCCUCCUCCCCCAACUCAGGGACUGUCAUCUCGGGCCCUUGCGGCCAAGCGCAAGGCGCUCUCCAAACCGAUAGCUGAGGCUUGCGAGGAGAAAAAAGAGUUUCUUGCGGCUACUAUCGAUAAGAAGGACUACAGUAGGACCCUGCUGGUUGACGAUGGCAGCGUCGAAGGAGCCAGAUCCGUCACCGUUUUCAGAUUGACACCUCGGCGCGAAAGUCGUGAUGAUCAUUCUCCUCGGAGGGCCCGAUCUCCUCUUCGUAAUUCUCCUCGUCCUCCCCGAGAUGAUUUUAGCAACGAACCGCUUAGGAACUUGGUUCGUAGGAAGAGAGACAAGUCAUCUCGCAGUGAUUCUUCUCCGCGAAGGGAGAAGUGGAGGGCCCGGACUGACCGUUCUCCUCGGUCGUCCCCUCCUACUGAACCAAUGGGUCCUCCUGCUCCUAUUGACAUGUCUUCUUCUUCUUCCCAAUAUGACUCUUCGAAGUCAAAGCCUGUUCUUGUCCCUCAGGUCAAAUCGCUUUCAGCCAUGGAGAAAGAGGGUAACGUCUUUCGGUGCUUCAAAACCCGAUCAGGCACGAUCCUACCGGAUUUUGACAAGUGGCGCCCUGCUAACGGCGAGCUUAAUGACAUGAUUGAACAUUACGAGGGGUUGAUCAUUGGUCGGGAAAAGGAGAUUGACACGUGGAUGGGCAAGUUCUCUAAUCUCGAGGCUGAUCUUCGUUCUUCUACCGAAUCCAAGCACGAUCUGGAGGACAAGGUUGACACUCUAUCAUCCGAGCUUGACAGUCUAUCAUCCGAGCUUGCGAAGAUAAAGGGGGAGCUGCAGGAUCAGUACGACCGGAAUUACCAACUCCAGGAUGAACUUUCUGGUAUUCAGGGUAGACUUCAUGAAUCUGAAUCAACCGCCGACACCCUGAACAACCAACUUAUUGAGCUUAACGCGAAGUACAAAGCGAUCACCAAGUUGUGUGAUUCCGAGUUAGCAAGGUCGGCAUCGAAGGCCAGAAAAGAGGUCAAGGGACGUGGGAUGGAGUUGAUUCAAGGGGCCAUCCGCUUCAUUCAAACUGAGAAGGCUAGGUCAGAUCUGGAAUCAGACAUCAAGGAGCACGAGAGCAACCUGAUCUUGUUGGAUCAAAUCCAUGACAAAUAUUUCUCCGAAGUGCAAGAAAGGACCGAGCUGACGGCUAAUUUAUCUGAAAAGCGGAGUCGCUUGGAAACUCUUCCCGCUUCAACCUUCAACCCUCAGCACUUCGAGGAAUUCUUCACAGAAUCACCUCCCAUAAGUGAAUCGGGUCUAGACUAGGCAGGUAACCUCUGGCUCUUGAUACUCACUACCUUCUUCUUGCCUUAUAUUUUUAAUUGACUGGAACUGUCCUUCCUAGGCUCAAGUGAGACGGAAGCUGUCAUCCCACCCGAAGUUCCUGCUGCACCGGAGGUCACCCCGGGAGAUGGUUGUACCGUGGAGAGUGGACCAGGAGCUUCAUCUGAUCAAGCACCAGCCAAGGAGGCGAGUGAAACUUUGACAGCCGAGACGGAGUCCGAGGUGGCUGUUAAUCCGUAGUGGCUGUGUCCACUUUAAACUGGGGAUUGUCCCAUUUAUCUUAAAACUUAAAUUUGAACUUGUUUUUGCCUAAGGAAGCUUUAUCGUCACUUUAUUUCGAACAAGAUAUUUGCCUGAGGAGGCUUUUAAACCUUUUUAGGUUAUGAUCCCAAGAGGGUU